UUUCUUCUCCCAGUUAUCUGAGCUGGCUGUCCAUCUUCAUUUCUAUUCAGGGAUCCUGUGGAUGAGAUUGUGAUGACUCAGACUCCCCAGAUUCUAUCUCUGUGUCCCCGGGACAGACAAUCACCAUCACAUGUACAUCCAGUACAAGCCUAAAAUAUUUUCAGCACCAGCUACCUACACAAUGGUACCAACCAGAAGCCCAAACAACCUCCAAAGCUUCUUAUCUAUCGGGCCAGCAUUCGGCAAUCUGGGAUCCCGGACAGGUUCAGUGGUUCCGGAUCUGGAACUGAAUUCAAAUUAACUAUUAAUGAGCGCAACUGAAGAUGAUGAAGGAAGAUAUCUCUGUCAGCAUAGUAAGGAGCUCCCUCUCAC